UAUACUUGUUCUACAGACCACAAUAUUGAGGUUGUAGGUCGUAAAGUGCAGCUUACAGUUGUUGCAGUGCCGCUCAGCUGCGGUUUACAGAGGAAACGACCACGGAUGUAAUUUUGGGGGAAGACAGGAGAAGGGCUGCUAUAAUGGGUCUGGGCUCCGACAAUGGAAACUGAGCGUCUGGUCGGCGGAGGACCAACGGGCGAAGCGGGGCAUGACUACGGAGGCCGGCCUCAGGAACUCACGGGCUCCAACUACCAAGCCCUGGCCACGGGACACGCUCACCUGCUAGGGAAGCCGCACGCACGGAGAGCGCACGCGUCCACUCGGCACCGAACCAGCAGCAGCAGCAGUGACGAAGAAAUGAUCGACAUCACUGCAAAGCCGUCUGAACAGUCCAGAGCAUCCGGAGAUGCCAUGGCCACAUGUAGGGUUCAGGGCGGCACGAACGACGCUGGCAAAUACACUAACCCUCUGUACGCCCAGCCCUUCGGAGACUCCAGCUUCGAGUCGCUCGAGGCCGAGAACACGCAGCUCACAGGCUCAUCUGGGCAGCAGCAGCAGGAGCUCGAGGAGCAGCUGGGUCCCUCGGCGGCACAGUAUGAGGACUUCCACACAAUUGACUGGCAGCGGGACCUGGCCCGGGACCGCAUGCGCCACCGGCUCAUUGUCAAGCGCCGAGGGCAAGGGGGUUUGGUGGAGCUCCUGGUGGGCUUCCAUGACGCCUGGUCAGGCUGGCUGUGCGUGCUUCUGGUGGGGCUGGCGGCAGGUGCCAUUGCGGCUGUCAUCGACAUUGGCGCCCUCUGGAUGAAGGACCUGCGCGAGGGCAUCUGCCCGCAGGCCUUCUGGCUCAACAAGGAGCAGUGCUGCUGGGCAUCCAACGACACCUUCUUCAAGGGGGAUGACUGCAAGCAGUGGUACAGGUGGCCAGAAAUGAUUGACAGUGAUAUUGACAAGGAUGGGGCAGGGUUUUACCUCCUCUCUUACCUGUUGUACGUCCUAUGGAGUGUACUUUUUGCUGGCCUGGCUGUCAUGUUGGUGCGGACAUUCGCUCCUUAUGCCUGUGGCUCUGGAAUUCCAGAGAUCAAAACCAUUCUGAGUGGCUUCAUCAUUCGCGGCUACCUGGGCAAGUGGACUCUGACCAUCAAGUCGGUAUGCCUGGUGCUGGCUGUGGGUGCGGGGCUCAGUCUGGGCAAGGAAGGGCCCCUGGUGCAUGUCGCCUGCUGCAUCGGCAACAUCUUCUCCUACCUGUUCCCCAAGUACGGCAAGAACGAGGCCAAGAAGAGGGAGAUCCUUUCAGCUGCUGCAGCUGCAGGUGUAUCUGUUGCCUUUGGGGCUCCCAUCGGUGGUGUUCUGUUCAGCUUGGAAGAGGUGAGCUACUACUUCCCGCUGAAGACGCUGUGGCGUUCCUUCUUCUGUGCCCUGGUGGCGGCCUCUGUGCUGCGUUCCAUCAACCCUUUUGGCAACGACCAUCUGGUGAUGUUCUACGUAGAGUAUGACCUUCCGUGGCUCUUCUUCGAGCUGCUGCCCUUCGUUCUGCUUGGGAUCCUCGGGGGUGUGGUGGCCACCAUCUUUAUCAAGUGCAACAUUCGUUGGUGUCGAUAUAGAAAGGAAUCUCGUUUGGGCCAGUAUCCCAUAGCUGAGGUUAUUGCGAUUACAGUCAUUACGGCUGUUCUCAGUUUUCCCAACGAGUAUACACGUAUGAAUACUAGCGACCUGAUAAAGGUCUUGUUUAGCCAGUGUGGCAUUACUGACGUGUCGCCACUUUGCGACUACAAGCGUAACUUUACCAACGUAAACAAUCACAUUGACAUAGCUGAGGCUGGGGAUGGCGUUUACAACUCCCUGUGGCAGCUCAGCUUGGCCUUGAUUUUCAAGCUGCUCAUCACCAUCUUUACCUUCGGUAUCAAGGUUCCUGCUGGUAUCUUCAUUCCGAGCAUGGCCUUUGGCGCCAUCAUGGGCCGCAUGAUUGGCAUCGCUGUGGAGCAGCUUGCUUACCAGUACCCGACCCUGUGGGUGUUCCAGGGUGCUUGCAACACGGGUGAGAACUGUGUGACACCUGGCCUCUAUGCCAUGGUAGGAGCAGCGGCUUGCCUGGGCGGGGUGACACGGAUGACCGUGUCUUUAGUGGUCAUCAUGUUUGAGCUGACCGGCUCGGUACGCUACAUCGAGCCCCUCAUGGCAGCAGUCAUGGCCAGCAAGUGGGUUGGCGAUGCUCUGGGCAAGGAGGGCAUCUAUGAUGCUCACAUUCACUUGAAUGGCUACCCAUUCCUGGACAACAAAGAGGAAUUCGCCCACACCACUCUUGCGGCUGACGUAAUGCAACCACGGCGUGGGGAAGCACCACUUUGCUGUGUGACGCAGGAUAGUAUGACAGUCGAAGAAUUAGAGUGCCUCCUGAAGACAACUGAUCAUAAUGGCUUCCCUGUGAUAGUUUCCACGGAAUCUCAGUAUCUUGUCGGUUUCGUGCUGCGUAAGGACCUCAGCUUGGCUUUGGCCAAUGCUCGCAAGUGCCAAGAAGGAGUUGUGGGCAGCUCGCGUGCCCUCUUCACGAGCCAGGUACCAACGCCAUGGAAUGGCCCACCACCAGUUAAACUGCGUCGCAUCUUGGACCUGGCUCCCAUCACAGUGACGGACCAGACCCCCAUGGAAACUGUAAUUGACAUGUUCCGCAAGUUGGGCCUGAGGCAGACUCUAGUCACGCACAACGGAAAAAUCUUGGGCAUUAUUACCAAGAAGGAUGUUUUACGCCACAUCAAGCUCCUUGCCAAUGAAGACCCAGAGUCCGUGCUCUUCAACUAAUACAGCCAAGAGAAAACAUCCACGAGGCACAGUUGAGAGUCCAUUGUGUUUGAAGAGAGGACUUCGGGGAGCAGCCCUGGCACUUUUAGUCAGGAUGGUGCUUGCAGCUGCACAUGUACUCAAAAAAGAAAAAAA